AUGGAAAUGUCAAAACAGUUUGUAGCUUCACAUAACACUGAAGACGCUCAUAUUGAUGGACAAGUCGGAUAUAGCGAGGAAUUCAUCGAGAAUUCACGGGGAAUGCAACUCUUAACAUGCAAGUGGUUUCCAGUGAAUCAAGAACCAAGAGCUCUCAUCUUCUUUUGCCAUGGCUAUGCAAUUGAUUGCAGCACCACCUUUAAAGAUAUUGCACCUAGCUUUGUAAAAGAAGGUUUUGCUGUGUAUGGAAUUGAAUAUGAAGGACAUGGAAGAUCAGGCGGCCUCUCUGUCUACAUUGAUAACUUCGAUCUUCUCAUCGAUGAUGUCUCUUCACAUUUCUCCAAAAUAUCUGAGAUGGGAGAUAACACAAAGAAGAAGAAGUUUUUGAUGGGAGAAUCGAUGGGAGGAGCCGUAGUUCUUCUCUUGCACCGCAAGAAACCCGAGUUUUGGGAUGGAGGUAUCCUUAUUGCUCCCAUGUGUAAGAUUGCUGAGGAGAUGAAACCAUCAAGAAUGGUUAUAUCUAUGAUUAAUAUGGUCACAAAUCUGAUCCCAUCAUGGAAAUCGAUAGUUCCAGGACCCGACAUCAUCAAUAACGCUUUUAAACUGCCUGAAAAGAGACAAGAGAUAAUAGCGAAUCCAAAUUGCUACAGUGGCAGACCUCGUAUGAAGACAAUGAGCGAGCUUUAUAGAGUCAGUCUCGAUCUAGAGAAUCGGUUGAACGAGGUGACAAUGCCGUUCAUAGUCUUGCAUGGAGAAGAUGACAAAGUGACGGAUAAAGGAGUGAGCAAACUGCUCUAUGAGGUAGCUUCCUCUAAUGACAAGACCCUGAAGUUGUAUCCAGAUAUGUGGCAUAGCCUUCUUUUCGGGGAGCCUCCAGAGAAUGCUGAGAUUGUCUUCAAUGACAUCAUCCAAUGGAUGCAGACAAGAAUCACUACUCUUAAUGUCAAGGCUAAUAAUAAUGAAGCAAAACCUCAAAUCUGA